AUGACAAGUGUAAAAUUGGAUAUAGAUCCGAGCAAACUCUAUAGCCGAGGUGAUGGCAUAAACGGGUCCCAUAAGCAUAAUGGUCCACAAGGAUAUACUUCCUAUGAAUACACAAAGUCUUAUGGAGGAUCGUUUGAACUGGAAUUACUCUCAUAUGAAAGCGAAAAAUACUUGUAUUUUCUUCCACCAAAAGGAAAGAUCUCAAAAGUUACCACAUAUUUUAAAAAUACGGGAAAUAUUCUCUUGGCUGUACAAAUUACCACCGAAAAGGAUAGAAACUAUUACUAUGUACGCAAAGAUGCCAGAAAAGAUGUAGAUGAUAAAUCAGAGUUUGAUGAGUUUGUAGAAAAUGGAAAAAAUAGACUUAGUGAUCAGGAUAUUAGGACAAUCCUACAAAAGGUAGAGGCUAGCACUAAGCUUGACUAUAAAACUCUCCCUAAAGACAUAAGAGAGAAGUUUUGGAGGAAAAAUGAUGCUACUGUAGAUAUUAAUAGGUAUCCUGCAGAUGGAAUAGUCAAGCCAGAUGGUAAAAGUUACUACUAUACCAGUGAAGUUGGUAGAAGAGUAGAUUUAGUAGAGACUAGAUAUCCUGAUAGAGAUGGUGUGUACAGAAAACUUACACAUACUCCAAAAGAUGGUGAACUUGGGACUAUAAAGUACGAUGGAGGUUUUCAAAUUUUAAAACCGGAACCGAUACAGAAAUCCAAUAUUUCUGUAUACUAUUGGAUAUAUGACGAGAUAUAUUAUAGACCACUUAUUCUUCAGUUCUUUCAUGAAAGUUCUUCGGUAUAUUAUACUACUACUAACGGUUUUCGUUGGAAUGAAACUAAAGAUAUAAAUGAUAGUAAUCUAAGAGAGGAACUUAACAAACAGAACUGUAAAAGACGUGGAGCACACGCUAUAAAUAUAUCAGAAAAAAGUGAAUCUUAUCAAUGCCCUAGUUGUAAAAACUACCAGCUUAAUAUAUUGCUUGAUCGUGAAAAACAAUAUUAUAUUCAUGGUUAUCAGAUGACUGAAAACAAGGCACCACCUUCUAUUUUUAGAUUCUUUGAAGAUACUAGAGAACAAACUGGAUUCCCAUUUGUAACAGGUAUAAAUAACAUAUGUCGGUAUGCUACACCUAAAGUAAUUUUGGAUGCUUCUAAGACAGAAACUACUGAGGCAACGUAUAAUCCGAGAAGAAAUACUCUAAAGUUCAAAGUUUCCAAAAAAGAUAUCGAUCAAUCUUAUGCUCAGUAUAUCCACAAUAAAGAUGAUAGUGGAAGUUCUAGGCUAAAAGAUAUUGAACAUAAAGGAGUUUCUCUUGGUGUAAAAUCUGAGGAUAUUCUAACCGAGGUAUCUAUAUUCUAUUUGGAUGGAGAUGCUCAGUAUGAUAAACCACUGCUGGUAGAGCUGGUUGCUAGCGAGAACAAGUACACCUACUACAGAAAGGCUCGUUUUUACGCAAAUACUUGGACCAAGAUUGCUAAUCAGGAAACAAAUCGACUUGAGGAGGAUAACCUUAAGACCGAACUUGAGAAACUAAAGAAAAUUCACUUUCCUGAUCCAUCCUCCGACGUCGUUACCAUAGUUGGGGCAUCUCUUGGAACUGUAGGUACGGAGAUAACAACGGUUAUUGGAAUAUGGAAAAGGAAGGCCAUAUUAAGUGCUAUAACCAUGCUAUUUAGUACCGCCGUAUGA